AAAUCUAAGUAUUAAAAUUGACUGCAGAAGAGAGAACCUAACAAAUCAGUAACAAUGGAAGAAAUUGGGAAAGUUAUCAGAAAGCUACCAUCCCCCCCAAAACACCAGGCACAGAUGGUAUUACAGGUUAAAAUAAUCCUUCAUGAAGAAGAAAGAUCUUAAGCAACAUGAUGGAUUCAGAAGCUCAUGAAAAGAGGCCACCAAUCCUAGCAUCUUCCAAACAAGACAUAUCACCUCACAUGGCAAAUGUUGGUCAAAUGAAACAUUACUUGUGUGGCUGCUGUGCAGCCUUCAACAAUAUUGUCAUCACAUUUCCCAUUCAAAAGGUCCUGUUUCGGCAGCAGCUAUAUGGAAUCAAAACCCGAGAUGCAGUACUUCAGUUGAGGAGCGAUGGAGUCCGAAACUUGUAUCGAGGGAUCCUUCCUCCAUUAAUGCAGAAGACAACUACACUGGCCCUUAUGUUUGGUCUGUAUGAGGAUUUAUCCCGCCUUCUCCGUAAACAUGUCAGUACUCCAGAGUUUGCAACGUGUACCAUGGCAGCUGUACUUGCUGGGACAACAGAAGCAAUUUUCACUCCAUUGGAAAGAGUUCAAACAUUGCUUCAAGAUCAUAAGCAUCAUGACAAAUUUACAAACACUUAUCAGGCCUUCAAGGCACUAAAGUGCCAUGGAAUUAGAGAGUAUUAUCGAGGCUUGGUGCCCAUUCUUCUCCGUAAUGGAUCCAGCAAUGCCCUGUUUUUUGGCCUUCGAGGCCCCGUUAAGGAGUAUUUGCCUACUGCCACGUCUCACAGUGCUCAUUUAGUCAAUGAUUUCAUCUGUGGAGGCCUACUGGGUGCCAUGUUGGGAUUCUUGUUUUUUCCGAUUAAUGUUGUAAAAACACGCAUGCAGUCUCAGAUUGGUGGGGAAUUUCAGUCUUUCCCCAGGGUUUUUAAAAAAAUUUGGCUAGAACGGGACAGGAAAUUGACCAAUCUUUUCAGAGGUGCCCAUCUGAAUUACCAUCGCUCUCUGAUCUCGUGGGGCAUAAUCAAUGCGACUUAUGAGUUCUUAUUGAAGGUGAUAUGAAAGAAAUAAUCAGUUAAGUGCUUUUUAUCAAGUGACUCGACCUAAGAAUACAGUUUGCCCU